UAACAUUGUCAUAUGUUUAUAUUUGUGGGAUUGAAAAUAAUGUAUCUACUAUUGAACGGAAAACCUUGACAUUGCUUCAGUUGAUCAAAAGUGCUUUCUAAAGAAUACUAGAUUUUGAAUGUGAUAAAACACUGCGUCAACAACAGGUUUCCUGUUGAAUACCAGACUAUUUCUGAUAAAAAAUACAAGUACAAUGGAAUAUCCGGAUUGCAUGUUUCGACGUUGGAUAACACAUUUUGGGUUUUCUUGCACGUAUUUAGAAGACGACGACUGAUCAAAUAAUCAAAUGAAUACUAUAACUUAUCAGUUUAAAUGAAAUAGAGAGUUAAUAUCUAUCAGGAGUGCAUCAUUAUCAUGAUUGUAUAAAUAAGUUAAUCGAUGUAGCUUUCUUUCAAACAAGGAGAAUAGCAGACAUCUGUAGAUUAGGAUUUAUUGUGAUUGCAAUUUAUGUUACACUUUAAUCGAUUUAAAGAUAACUUAUUCUUAACGAUAACUUUUUUGCAACAAAAUCCGGACAAGUGCAACAUAGGAAGUUUGUAUUAAAAUACUAAGAUUCAAACCAAACCAGGACAGCAGCAAUACAGGAUACUAAGCAUAUCAAAAGUAAAAGUAGCAGAAAAUUUGAUCUUGGAACAACAAAAUAGGAAAUAACUCAGAGACCUCAAAAUGGAACCAGUGGUUUUUGACAGCUAUAACAUCUUAACAAGGGAAAUUGCAUCGGGCUUGUCUACAGAAAAUAUAAAGACAAUGAAAUUUAUUGUGAGGCAGUUUGGAAAAGGAAUACUUGAAAAGAUUGUUUCGGGGACAGACUUUUUACAGCUCCUGGAAGAAAGAGACUGGCUCUCUGCGGAACGAGUUGAUCAGCUGUCAGAACUUCUGCAAACAAUUGGUAGGCAUGACUUGGACAAUAAAGUACAGAUGUAUGCAGAUUCUGCGAUCUCAAGGAAUCUCUCUAAUCAUAAUUAUUACGGAAUAUAUUGUAUGCAAAUGAAUGAAAACUAUGUGGAGACAUCAAUGUACAAGAAAAUCGUAGACCAUCUGCAGUGUCAAAAUACUGUGAUUAUAAAAGGUCCACCUGGAACAUGGAAGUCACAACAUGCUUUUAGAUAUGCCCAUUACUUCUCUAAAGAGAAAGGCACAGACAAGUCUUUAAUUUGGAGAGUAGAUUGCAAUACAGAUUUAAACAUUUUUAAUUCUUUUUCCCACUUGAUGAAUUUUUUAAAGAUUCAAUGUGUUAACUCUAAAAACAGAAUUAAAGAAUCAAUAGAAGUAAUGCUGUCUAGAGCAUUAGACGUACUUGCAAAUGAUAAAUAUAAAGAAUCGAAACAUUUGUUUAUUCUUCUAGGAUUCACUUGUUCAUCGCUGCCAAAGGAAACAAUACAAUCUUUAUUACAAGGUAUAAAGGCACAUACUAACAUCUUUGUACUAGCAACCGUAAGUGAAUCUCUUACGAGUGACUUUGACAACGACGUCAUUGAAAUGCAUGGUAUGUUGGAGGAAGAAGCUAUUGACUUUCUAAAUGUUCCUAACAUCACUUCAAUAGAACAAGCGAAAGUUCUAGCGAAAAAACUUAGCUAUUUACCAACAGGCCUACUUUUUGCAAGAACAUAUAUGCAAACAACACAAAUUAGUAUAGAAUCAUAUUUAAGUAAUUUAGAGACCAUAACGAAUAUUACCACAGAUGAUUCGUCAACGAAAGCAUGUCAGUUACUUAUUCAACUGGCAGAAACAAAAAUGUCGAGAGAGGAAAAAAAACUGCUUCAUUACUUGCCAUAUAUAAAUACGGACAAUAUACCUGUUCUUCUUCUAAAAUACCUUUUACCUCGUUUCCUGGUAGAUGAUUCUAAGACUGUGUUAAUCAACAACUUUUUGAAGACCCUCAGCAAUCAUUCAUUGAUAUCAAUAAAAGGCGUAGAUGAUUCUAGAGUUGUUGCAGCUCAUUCUUUCACGUUAAUGAUACUGAAAUCGUUCGAAACAAAAGAAAAGAGAACAGAGUAUUUAAACACACUACUUGACUUUUUCGUUAGUUAUCUAGACCUUGAUGCUCGCUGGCUUGAAGUCAUUCAUAGAAAUGUUUUGUUUCUUGAUCACGCAGAAGCAUUUCUUAGUAAUGUUGAUAUUCAGUUUGAAACACAAUCCAAAGAUAUAAAAGCCAAGUUAUGCUAUUUAUACACAGCAAUUGGAAUAACAUACCGACUCUAUGGCAACACAGAACUUUCCGCCGCUGUUUAUCUAUCUAAGGCGAAAAAUACUGUUUAUAAAAGGAUUUUAGGGAGUAAUUCAUUUCAAUGCAACAAAACAGAACACUCUUUCGAUACAGUUGAAGAAUAUCUAAAUGGUAGUGAAGCUCUACAAGAACAUUGCAAAGAUAUAUUUCCAAAGUUACAAAGAAAUGGUAGAGAACUUUCGAUAAAUUUUAUAAACAACUUUGUGGAAAAUAAGUGCAGAAGUUCAAGGAGUAUUAGCCUACUGUGUAAAUAUAGCGAUAUAGGUAUCGACAACGUAAAUAAUAACCAGCUCUCAGGUCUCGUAGUAGAUCAUCUUAGAAGUAAAAACUUGAUCAUGGAUGCUGAGCAUAUUUCCGAAACGUUUCUUAUUGAACUACUUAUUAGGAUUCUCUAUAACGAAAGUAAAAACACGUGGUUGGUUGAAAUGUCAAAAGAUGAAUUCUCUGCUGGAAAAAGAACUUUAAUGAAAAGGUUGUCUAGUGCUUAUUUUCCGGUUACUCCUGAAAGCUUAACGCAAUUUCAACUAGCCCAUAUCCUAACACAACUACUGGAGAGACACAUGGAAUCUAUACAUAUGACCAGUACUGACUCUAUAGGUCAUGAGGUAAAACAAGUUCUUGUGUUUUGCCCAGUGUUUAGUCCUGUUACCCAUCGGAGUGGCAUUAUGUACUUGGCACGUUCAAUUUUUGAUGAUGACAAGUUUGCUAGUUUACUAGAUGAAGCUAUUAAUUUAUUAGACGAAAUAGACAAAGGCAUCGAAGGCAAGGGAUUCACUGAAUUCGGAGUUGUUAAACGCAUUGGAGAUUCAAGUCUUUUUCAUUCGGUAAUGAUUGAUACACUGAAAAUGGAAUGCUAUGAAAAAUUAGCCAAAGCUGUCCAGCCUAAAAAAGAGGAAUUUUUACAGAAAGCUAUUUCGAUUGCUAAACGACUGGAAUGUCAAAUAAAUGACAUGGCAUCAUGGAAAGCUCUGUCUGGAAUCCAUUUAAAAAUUGCCAAACUGUUCAUAAGAACCCAAACAGAAGAAAAUAUAAGGAAAGCAAAAUACCAUUAUAGAAAGGCAUACGAUCGCGAAUUUGAAAGUAAUAAUACAAGAUUCACUCGAUUUCAUCAAAGAGCUGUUAUUCAUUAUGCUGAAUGUUGCAUACAAUUUCCUACAUCUGAUGACCUUAAAGUUGCUAGGGAAAUAUUGGUCGACAUAAAACGUCGAAUAGGAGCCGAGUCACUGUUUGAAGAGGAAAUUAAAAAGAUAGACAAUAGUUUACAACAACUGUCAAUGAACAAGAAACCUGGUUCAACUAUUCAAAUUGAAGAUGGCACAAUUAAAAAAGAAGAUAAAGAAGUGCAGACUGUAUUUUCACAGUAUGACUAUCAAAUGCGAUUGUUGACAGAACUACAACAUAAAAGAGAGCGACUUUUAUCUGAUAAGAAAAGAGCUCAAUCUGAUUUACAAAGAAUUCAUUUGGAAAUUGAAGAAGUCGAAAAGGAAUUACAAAAGAUGAAUUAUAUUUCGGAGAAAUAAGGAAUGACAAAAAAGAAAUGAAAGGGAAAAAGAAAAGAAAGAUUCCAACAUUAGGUACAUUUGUGUACCUGUAUGCAAUGUGUGACUCAUUCAUUUUUAGAUCUUUAAAGAAAAACUAAUAAAAUGUCAACAAAAGAUAAGGAAAUGCGGCAAUGUAAUUGUAAUAAUCGUGAAUCGUCAAAGUAUUGUUUGAUAUAGAAACUGGAUAAUUUCCUGUUUACUGUAAUAAUAGAUGUUACAUUUGAUGCCAUUAUAAUAACUGCAAUGUCAUUAUAAAUGUAAUAUUUGAUGACAUUAUAAUAAUUGCAAUAUCAAGAUAGAUGUUAAUUUGAUGACUUUAUAAUAAUUGCCAUAUCAUGAUUCGAGUAUCGCUCGUGUAUCUAUGAUGAGUUUAUAAUAUUUGAUAACAUUAUCAUUAAUUUCAUGUCAUGAAAAAUGUUACAUUUGAUGACAUUAUAAUCAAUGAAAUAUUAUAGAAAAUAAUGACAAAUGGUAUUCACUGAUGCUGCUAUGGAAGUAUCAUAAUGACGUUGAUUCAGAAUUGUUUUGUUUGCCUGUAAAAAUUCAUGCCUCGUUUAUCUAAUGUUUCGGUAAAAUUUGUAAGUUGAAUUCAUUUUUUUUCAAAUCGAAUUUUUUUAUGUACAUGUAGUAGGAAGUUUUAUAUCUUAUGAUAUCCUGGUGUACGACCUUUACACAUUUUGGUUCAAUUUUUUGUUCAAUUAUUAAAAACACAUAGCAAAUAAUGUUCCGUACUUACUUUUUAUUUCAAGGUAUAUUUUUCUAGACAAACUUUCCAUUCAAAUUGUUUUAGAAAUUAAUUGUGAGAGUUAGUGUAUUAUUACACAAACACUCCGAAAUGGUCCAAGAUAUUAACAUAUUUAUAAAGAGUUAUUGCAGUCAUACAGACUAACAGAAUUCUGACUUGUAAACUUCAAUAUCCACAUUCAAAUGUUUUCAUACUUGAAUUCAAUGCGUAAUAUUUGAAAUUUGAAUGGAGCCAUGUUGAUCUCAUACAGAUAAAGAGUUAUAUGUUUCAAGUCUAAUGCUCAAGAUAACCAAUUUUAUUUGCUAAUUGAAAAGCGGAAUAAAAUAAUUUAAGACAGCAGGGAGAAUAAUUAUGUAGUUUUAGACUGAGAGUGGGAAAUUUAUACUGUAAAUGUUUACGAUGUAUCUGUAGUGGCCAGUGGGUCAGAUUUGUCUAAAUUAUAUAACACUUUUUCACGUAAAAAGAACUAGUGUGUUAGUGGAUUCCAUCCUUCUGAUUGGUCAAUGAUCUUGCGGGGUCAGCACGAGUUCCCGUUUAUGUGCCAUGUGUGCGCCUCCUUUUAUCAUAAGCUUUCGUCUUGAUAACUUGUAAUUCUAAUAAAUUGCGUGAAAUUUAAAUUCCCACCCGCAAACCUUCCUUUAUUUUAUCUUUAUAAGUAGACUGUAGUUGUGUAAAUAUGUUUUUUUAGUGGGGAAGAUUUUUCUCCCCACCUUUGCGUUUCUUUGUCAUUUAUUCAAUUGAUAUGAUUUUAGUUGAUGUAAUUUCGUAUCAAUUAUGUAUUAUAAUUGCAUAUUAAUUAUGAACUUUUAUGUCAAAUGUUUUAUUUGCAAAUUGUAUUUUUUUGCAUUUUAUUAUUUUGAAUAAAUGACCUUUUUUCGUCAA